ACUGUCAUUUCUCAAAGAGCCGAUUAUGCAACUUACGCGGAGACACACCUGGAGCCUAAACGGCAGAGUUAACCAGCGCAGGAAUGAGACCGGGACACGGAGAGGCUGAGAAGGACAGAAACGGAGCUGCCGAAAAUCCCAGCCCCUUCCCUUCAGACUGACAGGAGCUGAGGUUGCAUCCCGCUGGAUGUGAGUAGGAAACGCAGGACCACUGACAAGAGGGCUGAACCCUCUCGGCUGCUCUGAUGUCACCGAACACAUGACCCAGCCUCUCCAGUAACAGCCCAUCAGGAGAGGAAAAAAAGUGUGUUUUAAAGCUUACACGUUUUUGGAUUGCGAGAAUGUCUCAUUCCCCUCACAAACAACCACAGAACCACAAGUGCGGUGCACGAGAUUUCCCCAGGACGACAGGAGGGAGCCACUGGGGCGUAAAUGGUUAAUCAGAGUGGGUCAACCCCAGUCACAGAGACCCAACAAGUCAUUUAGGACUUCAAGGGUCACCACGACCUCCAGAGGAGGAGAGAACCGAGGAGAUCCACGUGCGGCUAUGGCGUCUAACAGUCUUUUCAGCUCGGUGACUCCGUGUCAGCAGAACUUUUUCUGGGAUCCGAGCACCAGCCGCAGGUUCAGUCCGCCGUCCAGCAGCCUUCAGCCGGUGGCGGGGAAGAUGAGCGAUGCGCAGCAGGAGCAGAACGCGGCGCUGCCGAGACUCCGACAGCACGACAACCGGACGAUGGUGGAGAUCAUCGCGGACCACCCCGCCGAGCUCGUGCGGACGGACAGCCCCAACUUUCUGUGCUCAGUGCUGCCGUCUCACUGGAGGUGCAACAAAACUCUCCCGGUGGCGUUCAAGGUUGUUGCUCUGGGAGAUGUUCCUGACGCGACGGUGGUGACAGUUAUGGCAGGAAAUGACGAGAACUACUCGGGAGAGCUGCGAAACGCCUCAGCUGUCAUGAAGAAUCAGGUGGCACGUUUCAACGACCUGAGAUUUGUUGGCAGGAGUGGAAGAGGAAAGAGCUUCACGCUGACAAUCACAGUAUUCACGAACCCACCGCAAGUGGCUACUUACCACCGAGCCAUAAAGGUCACAGUGGACGGACCGCGGGAGCCGCGAAGACACAGACAGAAACUGGAAGACCCCCCUAAACCGCCGCUGUUCUCCGAGCGCCUGAGCGAGUUAGAGCGUUUCCGCCAGACCAGCAUGAGAGUUGCCGUGCAAACCCAGAGUCCCCGGCCGUCUCUCAACGCCAUGCCGAACUCCUUCAAUCCGCAGGGGCAAACUCAGAUCUCAGAUCCGCGGCAGGCGCAGUCCUCUCCGCCCUGGUCCUACGAGCAGCCCUACACUCCUUACCUGAGCCAAAUGACGUCUCCCUCCAUCCACUCCACCACCCCGCUGUCCUCCACCCGCGCCACGGGCCUGCCCACCAUCAGCGACGUGCCAAGACGCCUCUCAGGUACGUCGGAUCUCAGUCCGUUCUCGGCCGAUCCGCGGCAGUUUGAACGUCAGUUUCCCGGUUUGUCCUCCCUCACAGAUUCCCGUUUUCCCAGUCCCAGAAUGCACUAUCCCGCGACCUUCACAUACACCCCUACACCGGUCACCUCGGGCAUGUCUCUGGGCACCACCCACUACCACACCUACCUGCCUCCGCCGUACCCCGGCUCCACCCAGAACCAAAGUGGGCCCUUCCAGACCAGCAGCACGCCGUACCUCUACUACGGCGCCUCGUCCGGGUCGUACCAGUUCUCAAUGGUGCCGGGCGGAGAUCGAUCCCCCUCCAGGAUGCUGCCGCCUUGCACUAGCGCAUCCACCGGCAGCACCCUCAUCAACCCCAACCUGCCCAAUCAGGCAGAUGGAGGCGAGGCGGACGGCAGCCACAGCAGCUCGCCAACUGUUCUCAACUCCAGCGGCAGGAUGGACGAGUCCGUUUGGAGACCAUAUUGAGACAGUCUGGUCGAACGAGACCUCAAUGCAGCACUGUUAGCCUUAAAGACCAAGAGCGAGAGAUAAUUGCUUGAAAGAAUCAUCGGAUUAGAAGCACAAACUCACUGGUACUCAUUGGUACAAUAUUGAAUGGUUGCAGUGUAUUUUUAUGACUACACUGAGGUUUUUUUCUAUAAAACAGAUGACCCUUACAGGGAAUGAUAUACGGCAUUAAGAUGCGAUCAUAUUAGCAAUAUUUAAGCGAAAUUUUGUAGAGCAACGGUAAAUGUGAACGCACCUUUAGUCUAAUUCAUCUGACAUUCCACUUCAUCAGUGAUAUAACCUAUAAUGCAAGUCACUGAAUUUAAAGGAAUAGUUCAGCCAAAAAUGAAAAUACAUUCACCUUCAUGUCGUUCCAAACCCGUAGGACUUUCUUUCUUCUGCAGAACACAAAAGGAGAUGUUUAGCACAAUGCUGAUGCUGCACAUUUAGAUACAACAAAAGUGUACUGUCACUGUCAUGCCUGGUGUUUGGGGCUUUUUAAAGCACCAACAAAGUGACUUGUGAGCUCAUUCAAUAGCUUUGUGCAAAGAACAGACCUAUAUUUAAGAGUAAACGAUGCCAGAACGUUUAUUUUUGGAUGAACUAUCCCUUUUUCUGUCCUUGAGUAAACGUUCAUUGCAAUAGGAAUGCAUCCACACUAUUGGCGCAGAAUAUUUUUAUACUAACUUGGUAUAAUUUAGCAUUUCUUAACACUGAAAGCAAUUGUUUUUUGUUUUUUUAUUUAUGCGUGCUAGAAGUCAGCUAUUUGAAACAGUACUGGCUAAUUCCCUCUGAUUAUUUUAAUUUAUGUAUGAAAUGGUAGCAAACAGUACUGAUUCGAGAAGCAAUAUAAGCCAUAUAAACUUUAAAUUAUGCGAUGUGUUUAGAGGGACAAAAUUUAAGACGUUUGAUUUUUGGGACAUCUAUUAAUAACUUAAUGAAAUAUUUACUCGUUUUGUAAUUUAAAUGCUUUGUUAUUAUUAUUGUUAUUGUAAAGCAACCAAAAAGAAAAUCCAAUGAUACGUAAGCAAUGAAGGAAGGACAUUUCAUUGUAAGACUAUAUCCACAAUUAAACGUUUGUGGAUUUUUCUUAUUUUUCUCAGAAUAAAUUCUCAGUCAGAAACGUUACAUAUUAAGACAUCCAGAAAUGUUUUAGACUGAGUACAUCUGAGCGAGUAACAUCUAUAACAAAAACGAUCAAUAAAUGUACAAAGAUAUGUUACGAGAGUUGACGUGCUGCACUCUCCACUUGUUUGAUUUUGGUAUCCGAUGUUUAUCUAGUUAAUUUAUUUUAGAUUUUUUUUUUUAUUUAAUGUUUUUCGGUGACUACAAGAACGACCAAGCAGUGCAGCAGUGGCCUAAACCUUUGCAUCUUCAGAUACAGACAUGAUCAAAUCUCUCGCAUGCACUUGCAAUAAUAAAACGGCCAGUUUCCAUCUCUUGUGCAGAUAUGAAACCAAUACGAUCAUCAGCCUUCUGUUCUAUAACUGGAUGGUUAACUGCACUUUGUAGGUUAGUUAAACACUAUGCAAACUGUACUACAACAAUCAAACUCAGAAAUGUCUCUUUGCUGUGUGCUAAUGUUCUUGAGGUACAAUAUAAUCAAGUACUUUUACUGGCAUGUUAGACAACAGAAUCUUUGGGCUGCAAGACAUUUUACUGAACGGACAAUCAAAUUGAGUAGCCUAAAUUACACAAUGGAUGUUUACCAGAAAAGUUUAUCAUCUCCAUUUCUAGAAUUUAUUUAUUGGUCAGCAAUCCAUAAUGAGUUGGGAUGAAAUUAUCACUGACAAGAGAACUCCUGCAAAUAUGUUACCAAUUUUGAAAAUUAUAUUUGCAAUAAUGCAAUUUUCUUUACACUUUGUAGUUGGCGUCUUUGAAGAAUAUUGUGUAUGUUUUUGGAUUCAACAACAAGUGGUACUUGAUAGAAUGUUUGUCCAAAUGUAAGUUAAUAGGCUGCUGGCAGCGUCCCCUUCUGAAACAAACGUCACUUGUCUUUUUAUUUCUAUUUUUGUUUAGAACAAAGCACUUCUUCUUUUAAAGGGACCUAAAACAAAUGAAGCCUAAAUGGCAAAAACAAAAACACAAAUGCAUGUCCGGGU